AUGGUGUCGAUAGGCCUCUUGAAGGCUGCCGUGGUUGGCCUCAUAAUAACCAACGUACCUGUCAGCGCACAGGUCUCACCUGUGGUAUCAGAGACUGGCGUGCUUGCCUAUCAAUUUUCCCUGAGCAAUGUUACCCUCACGUCUAGCCGAUGGCAGGAGAACGAAAGACGGACGCUCACUUAUCUCAAGUACAUCGAUGUAAAUCGGAUGUUGUACGUCUUCCGGUCAAAUCACAAGCUAUCAACCAAUGGUGCUUCUGCCAACGGAGGAUGGGAUGCCCCAACCUUUCCAUUCCGUUCCCAUAUGCAAGGCCACAUCCUCACAGCGUGGGCGCAGUGCUGGGUCUCUCUGAAGGACACAACUUGUCGAGACCGUGCUAUAUCGUUCGUUGCUGAGUUGCAAAAGUGCCAGCAGAACAAUGGAGCCGCUGGUUUUGCGGCUGGAUACUUGUCAGGUUUUCCCGAGUCUGACUUUAAUGCUAUGGAGGAAGGUACAUUGAGUAAUGGAAAUGUGCCUUAUUAUGCCAUCCACAAGUCGCUUGCAGGUGUUCUGGACGUGUGGAGAAUCAUUGGAGACAGCACUGCUAAGAGUGUCACUCUUGCACUUGCAGACUGGGUCGAUACUCGCACCUCUAAGCUGUCAACUUCCGCAAUGCAGACUGUAUUGAACACUGAGUACGGCGGAAUGAACGAUGUGUUGGCUCAGAUUUACCUAAUGACGGGCACCAGCAAGUACCUCGCCGCAGCCAAGAGAUUUGACCACACUGCCCUAUUCACUCCUCUGCAGAACAAUCAAGAUCAACUCAGCGGCCUUCACGCCAACACGCAAGUCCCUAAAUGGAUUGGUACUGCUAAAGAGUACAAGGCAACCGGAACUUCUUCGUACCUCACGAUUGCGAAGAAUGCCUGGACGAUGACCGUCAACGCCCACAGCUAUGCUAUUGGAGGCAACAGCCAGGCUGAGCAUUUUCGUGCACCGAACGCGAUUGCUGGAUACCUCAACACAGAUACCGCAGAGUCCUGCAACACAUACAAUAUGCUAAAGCUGACGCGAGAACUGUGGAUGACUGACCCCACCAAUACGGCCUAUUUUGAUUUCUACGAGCGCGCCCUCCUCAACCAUCUGCUCGGAAUGCAAAACCCGUCUGACAGCCAUGGGCAUAUUACCUAUUUCUCCUCGCUCAACCCAGGUGGCAGGAGGGGUCUAGGUCCGGCUUGGGGUGGUGGCACUUGGUCCACGGACUACGACUCCUUCUGGUGCUGUCAAGGCACGGGUCUCGAGACCCAGACUAAGUUCGCAGACUCCGUCUACUUCUAUGACUCCUCUACCCUCUACGUCAACCUCUUUACGCCCUCGGUGCUGAGCUGGUCUGCCCGCAGCAUUUAUGUCACCCAAUCCACCACAUUCCCCAUUUCAGACACCUCCACCAUCAACAUCUCAGGCUCGGGGACCUUUGCAAUAUCUAUUCGCAUCCCCGGCUGGACCUCGGGAGCCUCCAUCACCAUCAAUGGCGUAAGUGCUGGCGUCUCCGUAAAUGCGGGGUCGUAUGCAAAGAUAUCUCGCACCUGGGCCUCGGGCGACCAAAUCGUGGUCACCUUGCCCAUGCGGUUCCGCACGAUUGCAGCAAAUGAUAAUUAUAACGUUGCAGCAAUAGCAUUUGGACCUACGGUUCUCUGUGGUAACUACGGCUCCACAACGCUCUCGUCGAACCCUUCGCUUUCGCUGAGUACUUUGAAGCGCUCGUCAUCGACGACGUUGACAUUUACCGGAAUAGCAAAUGGUGCCAAUGUCAGCUUGGUUCCAUUCUAUGAUGGCCAAGGAUUCAACUACGUUGUUUACUGGGCUAUAAGCGGGUCGUUCCCGACCGCGUCGCCGCUGUCUAUUACUACAAGUACAACUAGUACACUGUUGACGACCACCUCUCUAGUUUCAACAACGACUGAUGGACCUUGUCAGUCCAUAUGGGGACAGUGCGGUGGAUAA